CAGAAGUCACUUGUUUCAUUUGUAGUGAAACAAUAGUGAGGUUCAGAAGUGCCAUCUGUCUAUGAAGAUAUGAGUUUUGAAUUCUACAAAAUGGACGAUAGUGAAAACUAUCAUUCUCCAAAAGAGGAUGAUGUUUAUGUGAAUACAGAAGACUGUCACACAGAGCUAAAAAACCCAGAUAUCUCUGACCGCACUGAGCUGAAAGACAAGAAGAAACCAGGAAAGAUCUUCAGAUCUGCUUUUGGUCUCCUAAUACUUGGUGUUUUAUUAACACUCUGUCUUGUAAGGAUCCUUUAUCACAACAAAGUGGUUUCAUAUGAAAUAUUAAGUGAGCAAUAUUCUAAUGUUACUGAAACAUUGAUGACGCAGGAACAUAAAGUCAAAGAGAUAGAAAAACUGUAUGAAGCACUGAAGGUGGAGUAUCAGCAAGUUCAGGAGAAUCUCACAGCAUGCAGUGAGACAGAAAAACUGUUUGAAGCACUGAAGGUGAAGCAUCAGCAAGUUCAGGAGGAUCUCGCAGCACUCAGUGGAAAACAAAACUAUACAGUUUGUGAGGAAGGAUGGACGUCUCUUGGUUUAAAGUGUUACUACUUCUCCACUCAUAAACUGAACUGGACACAGAGUCGAGAUUACUGUGUGGAGAAAGGAGGCCACCUGGUGAUUAUAACCAGCCAAACUGAACAGGGCUUUUUAUUCCCACAAAUUAGAGAAACACACUGGAUUGGCUUGAAUGACUUGGAGACUGAGGGUCAGUGGAUGUGGGUGAACAACAAGCCCUUAAAGGAGACGGGUGUAACGUUCUGGUAUAGUGAUCCAAAACAGCCUGAUAACUGGAAAGUGGAGGACCCUUCUGGAGAGAAUUGUGCUGCUCUGGGGAAUAGAUAGAAAAACUGUAUGAAGCAUUGAAGGUGAAGCAUCUGGAAGUUCAGGAAGAUCUCGCUGCAUGCAGUGCAAAUAAAAACAAUGGACAAUGUGAGGAAGGAUGGAAGUCUCUUGGUUUAAAGUGUUACUACUU